UUUUUUUGUUCUUUUUUCGGUUAGGCUAUUCUUUUUUUUCGGUUUCAGGACUCAGACGGCAUUCUGCAUAAAAUAAAUUAGAAGUUGAAAUAAACCCGCUAGGAUGCAAAAUUCGCAAGUGAUCAGUAAGGUGAAUGCAGGACUGCGUCGCUGUUUGAGUCAUCAUCGAAGACUUUGCGAUAAUAUUGCCGAGCUGGACAAAUUAUUUUGCCAGGACGAGUUCCUCAUGAAUCCCCGUCGACUGUGGCAACUGAUCCAACAGCAACAGAAUCGCCAGGACGAGAUCCUUGGAAGCCAGGAAAAAUCGGAAGCCAGAACGGAUAUGGAUAGUCGGAUGGGUGUAUUGAGUUCUAAGGAAUGCCUGCUAAGUCAAUCGCAGUUGCCAAGUAAAAUUUCAAAGGCUAAUAAGAACUCCCAAAUAAAUCGACCUCUGAGGAAGUUAUUGCAACCGGAAAACUCGACCAGAACCAAGCCAAAUGAUUCCUCCAAUCCUCGUCCAGCACCCACGCCCCUGCCCUCGCCAGAGCGACUCCCAAAGAAGACUCCUUGUGGUCGUCCUGUUCGAAAGUCGAUGGCCCGAAAUGGCGGACAGUGUUUGCAAAGCAAAAAAAAGAAUUAUUAAAUGAGCCUAGAUGUCUUUUGGCUGAAUCCUUUAGAGAUCCUUGGAUAUGGAUAGUGCCAGUGUUUUCUUAAGGAUUACCCCCAAAAGUUGAAACUCCCCAAAGCCCAAAGCCCCAAACCCCCACUCCAUGUGUCUCCUUCCUAAAAAGUUUUGUUUCGGUUUCAGUUUCGGAUUCGGAUACGGAUUCGGUAUUUCGUGCUGAUCUCGUUAUUGUUAUGAAUAAGUUAAUAACAUGGCGGAAGGCUUCUUUUGUCGUGGCCCAAAACAACCCAACAACAACAACAACAAGAGGCAACAGCGCUUAUUAAAUGAUUGAAGUAUAUUAUUA